CGGCGGCGGAAAGCCGUGGCUCUCCGUACGCGGUUUAAACAGCUAAAAGUCACACUAAUCUGCUUUAUAAUACUCUAAAGUUAUGUUUUUAUGAACGAUGAUUGAGAAACAUGGCGGAGGACGAGCUAGCUGCGUUCAGGGAGUGUUGGAAACAAGAAUUAAAGAGCAACAAAGAGGAGCAGCGACUUGUUUGUGUUCCCCCCCAAGAAGUUCCCGGUCAGUCAGGAGAGAAACACCUGAAAAAUAGGUAUUUUGAAGACCUGGAAAAUGUCGACAAGACCCGCAGCCCGCCAAAAACAGCAGAAGACGGUUGCACCGAGGACGAAGAGCGUGCUGUUGCAGGGAAAGCUGACUCCGAGGAGCAGCCUCAGUAUGUGUCCAUUGCACACAGUUUACUGGAUGGGAGGACAAGUCCCCUGCUGGACAGGAUCCAGGAGGAGAGGACCAGGAGAAAGAGACAGUAUGAUAACAUGACCAACGAGUGCAGAGCGUCUCUGCAGCAGCAGCCGAAGAAAAAGGCCAAGAAAAAAGAGGAGCUGCUGGAUCAACUCAUUCAGGAUCUGAAUGAAGUCAACGACAUUCCCUUUUUUGACAUCGAGCUGCCGUACGAGUUAGCCCUGAAGAUAUUCCAGUAUCUCAGCUGUGCUGAGCUGGGCCGUUGUGCACAGGUGAGCAGGGCAUGGAGAGUCCUUGCAGAGGACGGCGUUCUGUGGUUCAGGAUGUGCAUGAGGGAGGGUUACCAUCAGGACGCCAGCGUGUCUGACUCCCCCUGCUGGAAGAGCACGCUGCGAGACUGCAGGAACUCGGCCAAAACUGUGCGCUCCAACUGGAAGAAUCGCGUGGGAUCCAUCAGCCAGCUGCAGUUCGAGCUCGGGAAAGUUCUGUGUGACGUCAGCUCCUGUGACAACUUCGUCCUGGCAGGGUACACGUCUGGUGAUGUGAGGCUGUGGGAUACGCUGCACUGGGACUCCACGGCCUCUUACCUGAAGAUUAACAGCCUGUCCGCUAACUCUGAGCCAAGGCCUUAUGUUAGUCAUGUCCAGGUCAACAGCACCGUGGCUGCUGCUGCUUAUGAAGAUGGCUGUGUGGAUGUGUGGAGCACAGAGACCGGUGGAGAAACCAUCCACCACUACCAGAUCCCCGGGAGGAUCCAGGCUCUGGCCCUGAGCCCCGACAGCCCCGUCCUGUGCUCUGCCAGUGGGCCUAACAUUCGGCUGGACUGUGCCGACGAUCGCGGCUACUGGAGGACACUCUGCCAGACUCAGCUACCCAAAACUGUGGAGAGCCUGGUUUUGGUGCCAGGCAGGGGCCCACAGAGCCCGCUGGUGGCCCUGACAGCAGAAGAGGCCGUGUACAUUUUGGACCCCCAAGAGGAGGAACCUCGUAUGCUCCACGCAGUCUACGGUCAUCCUGUUACCUGCCUGGAUGCCUCGGACUCUGAUGUUGCAUUUGGAGUGAAGCGCACAGGCUGGGCCAUGCACGAUGGAGGAAACAAGAUCCACAUCUACAGCCUAGAGACGGGCAAACCUGUCGCUUGUGUCGGCAACUCGCUGGGAGACUUCACUUGCAUCAACCUGAGAGAAAGCCCUCCUCACCUGCUGGUGUGCGGGAACAAAGACAGAAGGGUGAGGGUGUUUGACUUGCGAGCCGGCUCCUCCGUGGCAUCCCUGUAUGCGCACCACCUGGGUGUCACUUCGAUACAGGCGGACGACUGGAAGAUCGUGAGUGGCGGAGGUGAAGGACUGGUGUGCGUGUGGGAGAUGAGGAUGGGAGCCAAGCUUUGGGAGAUACACAACAGGCAUCCUGUAAGGCAUGUACGGUUCAACACCAGCACCCUGGUAACAGCCAACAUCCCUGAUGACAAGUCGCCAAGGGGGGCCUGCAUCACUGACGAUGACCUAACAGCUCACCGCAGACACAGGGGAGUUAUCUGCAACUACGACUUCUCUGAGGAUGCUUUGUCACAGGAUCACAUUCUGCCCAUUUGCAGGUCAGACUAUGUAGAGUCAUCUGGCUACAACUACAACAUUGGCCUGGUGGUGCCUUACGACAGGCUGUCUGGCUCUCAUCCAUCACACAUUGACGUGCAGUCCAAACCAGAAUUGGACUCAGUGAGUGACUAA